UGCAAGUCCCCUCCUGGGGCCCCAGAUGCUCCCUCCUUUCUUGCUGCCUGGAGCAGGGGCAGUGCUGUUAGUGGCUACUCCUGGUGUGAACAGCUCAUCCUGGCCACCUUCCACAGGAAACCUGACCUGAGGGACAGAAGAGGAAGGAAGCAGAUGGAGUCUCACUCUGCCGCCCAGGCUGGAGUGCACUGCACUGCAACCUCUGCCUCCCAGCCUUUGCCACUAAUGUCAGUGCAAAACUCUGGCUGGCCCCACCAAGAGGACAGCCCCAAGCCCCAGGAUCCAGGUCCACCAGCCAACUCAGACAGUGACUCAGGCCACCUGCCAGGGGAGGACCCUGAGGACACCUCUGCUCAGGAUCCUUCAGUUCUGAGCUUGGGUUCCCUUUGCCUGGACACCAACCAAGCCCCCGACUGGACUGGGCUUCGGACCCUCCUGCAGCAACUCCCUCCGCAGGACACUGAUGAGCACUACUGCCUGGCCCUUGGGGAGGAGGAGCGGGCCGAGCUGCGGCUCUUCUGUGCCAGGCGGAAGCAGGAGGCCCUGGGACAGGGGGUAGCCCGCCUGGUACUUCCCAAGCUUGAAGGACACACCUGUGAGAAGUGUAGGGAGCUGCUGAAGCCAGGAGAGUACGGAGUGUUUGCAGCCCGGGCAGGGGAACAGCGUUGCUGGCACCAGUCUUGCUUUGCCUGCCAGGCCUGUGGCCAGGCCCUGAUAAACCUCAUCUACUUCUACCAUGAUGGACAACUUUACUGCGGCCGCCAUCAUGCAGAGUUGCUGCGCCCGCGCUGCCCGGCUUGUGACCAGCUGAUCUUCUCCCAGCGCUGCACUGAGGCGGAGGGACAGCGCUGGCAUGAGAACCACUUCUGUUGCCAGGACUGCGCCGGGCCUCUGGGCGGGGGACGUUAUGCCCUGCCUGGGGGAAGCCCCUGCUGCCCCAGCUGCUUCGAGAACCGCUACUCGGAUGCAGGCUCGAGCUGGGCCGGGGCACAGGAAGGGCAUGCAUUCCUUGGGGAGACUGGACCCGACCGAACUAGAGGAAGGGACCAAACCUCGGUGAACUCUGCGACCCUCUCCCGAACACUCCUUCUCGCUGCUGCCGGCGGUUCCAGCCUGCAAACUCAGACGUGGCUGCCUGGAUCCAGUCCCCAGCAGGAGAACCGACCUGGGGACAAAGCGGAGGCACCCAAAGGGCAGGAGCAGUGCCGCUUGGAGACUCUUAGUGAUCCCAAGGACACCCCUUUCUCCACCUGCUCCUCCUCCUCUGACUCGGAACCUGAAGGCUUUUUCUUAGGCGAGCGCCUUCCCCUGUCCUGGAAAAUCCCCGGAAGCCUCCAAGCAGAGGACAGCAACGCCUCUAAGAAGCACUGCACCAUGUGCUAGUGGCGCAGCUCAGAGAGGGGGUGUGAGUGGGAGGAAAGGGGUCUGUAAAGCGGGAGAACAAAGCUAGCCUCCCCUAACAAUCCUAGACUGAGACGCAGUCAGGCGCACGCCCGCGAGAGGCGGCGAGGUGACAAGUUUGGAGUGCGUCCCCUUCAGCACAUCGCGUUAGGACUUUUGGUGGAGACUUUCUUGGCAAAACCCACUCCCCAAAGCUACGCUUCCCCUGCUGAGAUAGCCCCUACCCCCACCUCCACAGGCUGGGACAGCCCAGUCCCCACCAUCUUCCUCCCCAGCCAAUUAGGUCACAGCACGCGUGACGGUUACCGGCUGGACAGCCGGAGGUGGGACCGGGAGCAGGGGACCUUAGAGCCGGGCCGCGCUCCUCCCCUCCUAGAGCUCGUGGACGCGCAGCAGGGGGCCGUCCCGCUUCCGGAUGUCGGACUAAGCGAACAGCGCUCCACUGCCGGCUGCUAGUAGCCGGAAGUGCCAAACCGGAGGUGCGUCAUUCACUCGCGACGCCGAUACGGUUCCUCCACCGAGGCGCAUGCGAAGGUGCCUACUAUGGCUUCCAGCGGGGUCCCGGAGAACGCUGCUGGCUCGGCUAAUGAAACUCCCGAAAUACCAGACAACGUGGGAGAUUGGCUUCGGGGCGUCUACCGCUUUGCCACAGAUAGGAAUGACUUCCGGAGGAACUUGAUACUAAAUUUGGGACUCUUUGCUGCGGGAGUUUGGCUGGCCAGGAACUUGAGUGACAUUGACCUCAUGGCACCUCAGCCAGGGGUGUAGCCAAGUAGACAAUGGAAUCCUGUGCUGAACCCGAAUCUUCCAAAAAACAGCCUACGAUCUGUGACCACCACAAGAUGUGCCCUGAUGGCAGCUGAAGUUUGAUUCAGAUGGGCACUUUUCUUCCCUCUCCCUGCCUAGUUUCCUUUUGUUCCUUGAGUCCACGCAGAAUUCCAUUCUCUGGUCAGCAGACAGGCUUAAGCUGAAGUAUGGCCUCUGUUCUAUAAAGUUCUGUACAUAGUUCCCGAGCUUCUGCAGGGGGUGAUCUUUGCUCGUCCUGAGAAAUAACAGUGCUGUUUUAACAAACAUUUGAAAUAAAUACCGCACACAAAA